GUCUGGCGUGGUUGGAAUGGAGGCGGAGUCAACUGGGUCCGCUCUCCCUGCCCAGUGCGCGCUCCCGACGCAGAUAAAUUCUGUCGAGACGAACUACUUGGCAUUACACCUGUCCUACUUGUUCUCGCAGACCAGGUGUGUGUCGGUCUCACCUGUCUGACUCUGUAAAUGAUGGAGGAGCUGGUCGGGGUCGGCGCCGUGACACUGCUGGGCGUCCUGGAGCAAGCCUAUUUCUCUCUCCAGGUAAUUUAUGCCAGGAGGAAGUAUUCAGUGUCUCCACCUGCCACAUCUGGACCACCAGAAUUUGAGAGGGUCUUCAGAGCUCAAGCAAACUGCUCAGAGUACUUCCCCAUCUUCAUCACCGUGCUGUGGCUAUCUGGAGUGUUCUUCAGCCAAGGUCUGUCUUCAGUCUGUGGUUUGCUUUAUUUAUACGGACGGUUCAAUUACUUUCAAGGAUAUUCUGAGUCUGCACAGGGACGUCUGGCUCCACUUUACUUCAGUGCUAAGAUUCUCUGGAUUCUCAUCGGGUUCUCGGCUGUUGGCAUUUUCCUCACGUUCUGCCGAAUUUACCUGAACGUGGACCUGCUACAGGAACUCUGCUCCAUCCUCGGGCUGUUUUGACCGAGGAGGAUAAGAAGUGACAAAAGGGAGGAGAGGUUGUCUUCUACUCUGAUCUUCAUCUCUGUAUUUCUCAUACAGUUUGUUAAAUAUUCUGUUAUCAACCUGAAAGUGGGGAAUAAAGAGAGAGAUGAUGUA